AUGAGUAAUAACACCACUUACCAAUUGAUUAAAAACUUGGCUGAAAGAGAAAAAAUUGAAGAAAGCCAAGUCGUUGAACUUUUUAUUUCGGCUAUCCAAGAAAUCUAUCAGCAAAAAUCAACCGAACCAAAAGCGUUAAGAGUAAUUUUUGAUGAAGAGGAAAAACAAUUUUUAGCUUAUCAGAUUUACCGAAUUGUGGAAGAAGUUAAAGACCCAAACCAAGAAAUUACUGCUGAAAAUGAAUUACUUCAAAAUAAAAAAGCUAAAAUUCAGGACAAUUGCUUACUUUUACCAUUGGAGGACUUGAAAAAAAUUGCCAGAAAAAUUAUCGAAGGAACAGUCCGUGAAGUUCAUUCUCGUUAUUGUUUAGUAAAUUUGCUGGGAAGUGAAGGAACUGUUAAGGAAGUAAAAAAAGAUGGUGAAUAUGCCAUCAAUUUAGUUCGUCGGGACGAAGAAUUUUUGCGCAAACUAUUAGAAAUUGAAAUUCCCGAAAUCAAGCAAAAAAGAAUAAUUGUCCAAGACAUUUUACGUCAACCGGGAGUAAUUAGUAAAAUAAUUGUGCGCAGUAAAGAUCCAGAAAUCAGCCCAUUAGGCUCUUGUAUCGGAAAAGGAAUAAAUGUUCUCUACGUUUGUAAACUGCUAGAAAAAAAAGAAUUAGCAGUCGUUAUUCCCCCAGAACAAAAGAGUUUGAGUUUAACUCCCGAAGGAAAAGUGAUUCAAUUAAUUGAAAAUUAUCUAAAAAUUAAAAUUCUCAUUCAAACUCCCGAAGAAAUGGAAAAAAAAAACCAAGGAAUAACUAUUAGCCAAGAGCAAAAUAUCCCCCCAAAAUUAAUUGAAAAUUACUGCCAGAGCCGAGGAAUAAAAGCCAUAAAUCAAAAAGACUCUUCUUUUAAUUCAAUUAUUGAAGAAUACUAUUGCCAAAUUAACCAUUCAGGAGAAUUAAUUUCGCGUCCUCCGGUGGUUAGCGUAAUGGGACACGUUGACCAUGGUAAAACUACUUUUUUAGAUACUAUUCGUAGCAGCCGAGUUCAAAAAGAAGAAAAAGGAGGCAUUACCCAAAAAAUCAGCAUUUAUCAAGUAAAUUUUCAAGAAAAGAAAAUAACUUUUUGCGAUACUCCCGGACACAGCGAUUUUAUUAAAAUGCGUCAACGUGGAAUUUCUUUAACUGACUUAGUGAUAUUAAUAAUUGACGCCAAAGAAGGCAUAAUGUCCCAAACUAGAGAAAUUAUUAAUUAUCUCCACGAAUAUAAAUUACCGAUAAUUGUCUUUCUUAACCACAAAAAACCUGCUGAAACAGACAAUGAAGCAAAUUUAACCAAGCUAAAAUCCCAAUUACAAGAACAAGGCUUAACUCCCAUGGAAUGA